CCUAUAAACUGGAUGCCAACCGCCGUUAAAAGAGAAGAAGAAGAGACAAGACGAGGGAAAUUUAUGAGGAGAAAAGACGUGAUUUUCGCGUUUCUUGGAGGAGUUAAAAACGAAAAUCUUGCCUGGAAUCAGAAGUACUGCCCGCAUUUUUACCGCAAGGAGGUGACUCGUUAUUACUUCGGACUGUUUCAGCCACGUUUAUAAAGUGAUUGAGAUCUUCAGUGAAGCUCCUCCUACAACAAUCCACCAAUAAAUGCUGGAGUCAAACACACAGAGAAAUCACUCCAUGUGUGACAACUGAAAUCUUCAUGACAUAAUGUUGAUGCCGGUGAAAGAGGAGCUUGAGAAGAUGACAGAUCCACAACCAUGCAGAAUAAAGGAUGAAGAUACUGAGGAACAAAUAGAUAUGAUGGAAGUGAAAGAGGAGAGUCAAGCUGAAGUGGAUGAGAAACAUCACAUUGUAAAAAUAAACCAUAAUGUUUCACAGAAAGAAACUCUGAAGACUGAAGACAUAAAGUGUGAAAAUAGUUUCAGAGAAGAUGAACGCCCUGCAGAUCACAAGAGGACUCACAGUGAAGAGAAACCUUUCACAUGUCAACUGUGUGGAAAGAGUUUUAAAAGAAAAGAUAGCCUUAAAGCACACAUGAGGAUUCACACUGGAGAGAAACCCUUCAGAUGUCAACAGUGUGAAAAGAGUUUCACCUUUCAAUCGAACCUUAGCCAGCACAUGAAAGCUCACAGGGGGGAAAAGCCUUUCAGAUGUCAACAUUGUGGAAAGAGUUUCAGAACAAAAUGGCACCUUAACGAACAUGUGAGGAUUCACACUGGAGAGAAACCACAUCUGUGCCAUCACUGUGGAAAGAGUUUUUCAACUGCAAGUGAACUUAAGCAACAUUCAAGAAUUCACACUGGAGAGAAACCUUACAAGUGUCAACAGUGUGGAAAAAGUUUCACAUUUCAAACAAGCCUUACCCAGCACAUAAAAAAUCACAGUGGGGAAAAGCCAAACACAUGCCAUCACUGUGAAAAGAGUUUUCCAUCUACAGGUGAACUUAAGAUACACAUGAGACUUCACACUGGAGAGAAACCUUAUGUAUGUCAACAGUGUGGAAAGAGUUUCAGCGUUAAAUCAAACCUUAACCAGCACAUGAAAGCUCACAGGGAGGAAAAGCCUUUCAGAUGUCAACAGUGUGGAAAGAGUUUCACCUUUCAAUCGACCCUUAUCCGGCACAAGAAAACUCACAGUGAGGAGAAACCUUUCACAUGUCAACAGUGUGGCAAGAGUUUCAGAAAUAAAAGUAAACUUGAGACUCACGUGAGAAGUCACAUUAAAGAAAAAACACACGCGUGCCAUGAGUGUGAAAGGAGUUUUAUAUCUGCAAGUUACCUUAAGAUACACAUGAGGUCUCACACUGGAGAGAAACCUUAUGUAUGUCAACAGUGUGGAAAGAGUUUCAGCAUUAAAUCGAACCUUAACCACCACAUGAAAGCUCACAGUGAGGAAAAGCCUUUCAGAUGUCAACAGUGUGGCAAGAGUUUCAGAACAAAAUGGCAUCUUAACGAACAUGUGAGGAUUCACAGUGGAGAGAAACCACAUCUGUGCCAUCACUGUGGAAAGAGUUUUUCAACUGCAAGUGAACUUAAGAAACAUUCAAGAGUUCACACUGGAGAGAAACCUUACAAGUGUCAACAGUGUGGAAAGAGUUUCACAUUUCAAACACGCCUUACCCAGCACAUAAAAAAUCACAGUGUGGAAAAGCCAAACACGUGCCAUCACUGUGACAAGAGUUUUCCAUCUACAGGUGAACUUAAGAUACACAUGAGACUUCACACUGGAGAGAAACCUUACACUUGUCAUCUAUGUGGAAAGGGUUAUAGAAGAAAACGUUACCUUAAUGUACACAUGAGGAUUCACACCGGAGAGAAACCACAUGUGUGCCAUCACUGUGAAAAGAGUUUUACAAGUAAAUGUAAUCUUAAGACACACAUGACAAUUCACACUGGAGAAAAACUGUUCACAUGUCAUCUGUGUGUAAAGAGUUUUAGAAAGAAACGUGACCUUAAUAGACAUGUGAGAAUUCACACUGGAGAGAAACCAUUCAUUUGUCAUCACUGUGGAAAGGGUUUUACGAGGAAAUGUGACCUUAAUGCACACAUGAUAAUUCACACUGAAGAGAAACCAUACUUGUGUCAUCAGUGUGGAAAGAGUUUCAGGACAAAACCUAACCUUAACCUACACAUGAGGAUUCACACCGGAGAGAAACCACAUGUGUGCCAUCACUGUGAAAAGAGUUUUACAAGUAAAUGUAAUCUUAAGACACACAUGACACUUCACACUGCAGAAAAACUGUUCACAUGUCAUCUGUGUGUAAAGAGUUUUAGAACGAAAUAUCUAUUAAGGUCACAUGUGAGAAUUCACACUGGAGAGAAACCAUUCAUUUGUCAUCACUGUGGAAAGGGUUUUACGAGGAAAUAUGACCUUAAUGCACACGUGAUGAUUCACACUGAAGAGAAACCAUAGUUGUGUCAUCAGUGUGGAAAGGGUUUCAAGACAAAACCAAGACUUAAUGUACAUUUGAGAACUCACACUGAUGAGAAACCGUUCACAUGCCAUGAGUGUAAAAAGAGUUUCAAAACAAAAGCUACCCUUAAGUCACACAUGAGAAUCCACACUCGAUAGAAACCAUUCAUGUGUCAACAGUGUGGAUAUGGCAACAAAGUUUAGAAAUCAGCUGAGGUCUUAUUAAUAAAACUGUCUGGAGGAUCUUUACUAAAAGUCUACAUGCGCCCCAAUGCCCAAGAUGUCUGUACUUGUGUUCUUGUGGACUUGUGAAACGGCAUCAAGUCGCGGCCCAAGUACUGCUCCAAUUCCAAGUUCACAUCAAGUCAAGUUCACAUAACAGGGAGCUACACUGCGACCAAAAUGGUCGCAUAUGCGACCUUUUGAACUGCCGUUGCGACCCAAAUUUUUAAUGGGUCGCAAAUGUGCUACCUAAUGUUUUAGACAAUAUGCUAUGAUUUACUAUGAGCAUUUAUUAAAACUAGGUAUGUAACGAUACUUCGCAGUACGAUACUUCGCGAUACAAAAAUGCCACGAUGUUGCAUCGUGCGUGAUGGGGAUAUUUAUACGAUAACGUUCUUUAAAUUUUAUUCGUUGACCGGUCAACACGUGACCUACUCUGCGCCCGCGUCACCUGUGCUUCCCCGCAGUCACACACAGACAUCGCUUGAAUCACCUGGAGCUUGAACUGAAGGUCAGCAACACGACUUCGGUAGAAACAGAAAGUGAUAUAGAUAAUGCCCGUCAUCUUUUAAGUCCAACGUCUGGCAGCAUUUUGUUUUCAUAUCACUCGACGGGAAUCUUAAUCAAUCGCACGGACGCGUGCACGCACAAACACGUCCAGACACGCGCUUCUGUCCGUGCGUUCAGCCGCACAGCGCAUACAAAAGUCCAGUGACGCCACGCGAUUGAGAUAUCUUAUGAAAACACAACAAAACUAAAGUAAGUUUAUAAAUAAUAAUGAUCAUGUUAUUUUGAAUCGAUCACUAUUGGCUCCUGUAUCAGAAAUGUUUUGUGCAAAGCAGGGAAACGGAAGCAGAUAUGAGAGAUGAUGAGUUUAAGGUCGUUGAAUCCUCACCCAGUCAGGUCUUACAGUAAACAUUAGAGGAAAAUCUCAAGUAAACCUCUGUCAAGUCUAUAGAAUUGCAUUGUUAAUGAAAAAAAUCAACACAUGUAUGUGUUAUACUAUUCUGUAUUUUCAGAUAUGAAAUUAAUAUUUAGUUCACUAGCUGUAGGGCACAGUUGGCAGUAACUAUGACUGAAAUUAUUUUAGUAUAGCAGUCAAAAAAAGACUGGUUUCUUAAAAUAGUGCUAUUGUAAAAAUAUUCUUGUAAAAUAGAAGUUAUUAAUCAUUGUUACAAUUGUAUAAUGUAAAAUGCAAAUGUGCAAGAAAAUAUGUUCUCUCCUGUCACUAUUUCCAAACCUUUUAUGUCAUUUAUGGCUCCAAACAUGUUAACAAUGUUUCAUGUUAAGUAUAAUGAACAUGAUACUUAAAUAUUUGUAAAUACAUGUAGGAAUAGUGGGUUAAGCAAAGGACAUUGUAUAGAAGGCUUUCAAAAAAGUCAGAAAAAAUAGGGGACAUGUGCCCCAGUAGAGCUUUAUAUCUAACAACACCCCUGCUAAGUUCCUCAAUUCUAAUUUUAUGUAAAAUUUCCCUUUUUUUAGUGACAGACCUGCAGUACAGAAGGUUCAGUUAAGCCUUAAAAUGUUACAAUUCUUUAUUAAGUUUUAUGUACAACAAAAAAAGUUACUGAAAUUGUUAAUAUUAUAAAAAUGUAUCUAAAAUUUAAAUAACAGUUACAUUUUUUCAUUUGCUACAAAAAACCGUGAUGUGUAUCGUAUCGUGAGACAAGCAUCGAGAUGCAGAUCGAACCGUGAGCUUAGUGUAUCGUUACACCCCUAAUUAAAACAGAAAUGUGGAUUUUAAGAAUACGUUUUAUAACGUGCUCUGAGCCAUCAACACGUUGGCUUCAUUUUGCGUGAAAGCAUGUUUGCGUGCUCAGCUGUUUCUCAAUGAAUUAGGUGCGACGCAAGCGCAGUGUCUUCCAUGUUUCUGAACUUGAGCAGAGGUCUUUCUUCACUGAGGACGCGGGACCCGUAUGGUUCCGGGUUUAUAUUUUAAGUGGUCUGUCGGGUCCGGUUAGGUCCUAGUUUAAUUACUUUGGGUCCCAAGUCUGAUUAAUGUUGUGUUUAUAACCCGAGUCGAUCGGAAAACGGCCAUGAAAAAGCUAAAGCUCGAGUGAAGUUUCAGCGUGCCUUCGGUUUCUAUGGCGAUGGUUCUUGUUACGACCACGCGCUGCAUUUGCUUUCUCACAUUUUUUUAAUAAUCUUAUUAUUAAUAAACCAUAUCUUUUCUAAAACCAUAUCAAUAUUAAGUUUGGACAGAGAUUGUAGCAAAGAGCAAUGCUAAUGUCAAGCCAAUUGCACUGAACGAGCAAAGCAAUGUAAAGUCUGUCAACGGGACAGCAAGUAAACUUUUAAAUCUGAAAAAAUGAGUGGAUUAAGCUUUUUAAAUCAGCAAGAGAGAAAUAGAAAGAUAGAGCAGAAGCAGUAGAAGUUAUCUUAUAGUAAUUAUUACCAUUAUAACAUCAGUCAUAACAUCAGUCACAUUUAUAAUCUAUAGACCUGCACUGUCUAUUAAUAUACUAUACAUCAUAUUGUAUUAUAUUGAGUUUGAUAAAAGGGGUCUAAUUGCUUCAUAUAUCAGUGCAAAAACAGUAAGUGUUUUCGUGGUGCUUUGACAAACAGUGUCAGCUUUGUUAAUGGCAAAGAAAGUUUGGGGUGGUUAGAUUAAUGAAAUAUGUGAAAUUAAUAUUAAUUUUCAAUAAAUCAAUAAAGUAUUGUGUUGUGUCACACAUUAUUAGUUCUACGUCACAUGUAUAGUAGACCAUUAUUUGUCAGUGGGUAAUAAUUGCCCUUUUCACCACCAAGUAAAUUUCAGAUCGGUGGGAAACACGACUGCAACGUUUAAGAAAACAAGAAGGCAUGUGGUUUAAAAGAUGGCAAGUAAAAUAAAAAGCAUAUCUGUAUGCAAUACAGUUUCAUUAUUGUUCAUUAUUAUCCAGAGCACCUUAAUAUAACUUGAAAAAAAUAUGUGCGACCAAAUCAUAUUUUGCGCCAGUAACUGAAAAAGUUGGUAGCGCAAGUGCCACCAGUGGAAAAGGUUAGUGUAGUUCCCUGCAUAACAUCUCAGGAUGUUGAUCCGCUCAUUGUAUCUAGGAUGCAUCAGAAGGUGACUUGUGUGGACUUAUGAAAGACAAGUUUCUUAGAAUGCAUUUCACGUCAACGGCAUUGGAGCUUAAAACCGGCACAAAAUUAAAAAUAUAACUCUUUUUGUGUCAUUAAAUGUAGCUUUUUAGUUGAAAAUAUUGAUGAAUAAACUAGUGUUGUAGUCAAGACCACCUAAAUCGAGACCAAGUCAAGACCAAGACAGGCCGAGACCAAGUCAAGACCAAGACCCCAGAGCAAGUCACUGCAUUAAAACACUUAUGAUAAAAUGUGGAAUAUGCAUAUGAUUAGGCACUUCUUGUCUGUGUGUGUGCGUGCGUGUGUGCCAUUAGAGAAGUUGAUAAAAUAAUCAAAGACAUUGCAGAUAUGUGGGAAUUUUUUCUUUGUCUAUCAUGGCUUGCUAUCCACUUAACACAAUGCAGGUGUUUUUAGUAAUACAAUUUGGGAGAAACUUAAACAAUGCUGACACAAUGCCAACAUCAUAUGCCAAACCUGAAUAAACUGCAUAAAAUUAAUGGUAAAAAAUAAAUUUGUGAUGCGCCAUCAGUUGUGGUCUUGACCGUUCUUGAAAUAAAAUUCAGAGUCCUCUUUGUCUGAGACCGAGACGAGAAAAAUGCGAUCGAUUCCAAGACGAGACCAAGACCUUCAAGACCGAGACCGGUCUCGAGAACUACAACACUAUAAUAAACUUUAAUUCUGUUGUUAGUUAGUAAAGAUAGCGCAUAUAUAAAAAUUUUCUCUGAUGAUUUGGAUAUGUCAGUUUCGGAUGAUCAGCGGGCCGUCAGCAGAGGUGUAAAAAGUACUCAAAAAUGUUUUCUUAAGUGAAAGUACAAGUACUGAGUGUAAAUUUUACUCAAUUAAAAGUAAAAGUAUCUGGACAGAAUUGUACUUGACUAAAAGUAAAAAAGUACCACAUUAAAAUUGUACUUGAGUAUUAAAAAAUUAAAAGUAACAGGAAGAAUGAAAACUAGAGAUUCUUGUUUAAGCUUUUAAUCUCUAAAAACAUGAAGUGAAUGAAACACAUCCAAGGUUUUAUCCUUUACAACUGUUUGUUUUUAAUUGUAUUUAAUUUUCAAACUAUAAGACUACUACCUAAUUUCCAACAUGAUUUCACAAAGUUCCGUGGUAUAGUCACAGAAUUUUUUGCUCAUUUAUCUGUGUCAUUGUCACGGAUCUCUGCAUUUUUCUGUGUCUCUACCACGGACUUUCUUGUUUUUCUUUUCCAUGUCAGUUUCAUGUAUUGGUUUUACUCAAUUGUUUUUCCUAUUUUAAACCAUUUUUGCAUGGGUUUGGGGCAGUGUUGGGUAAGUUACUCAAAAAAAGUAAUAAAUUACUAGUUACUAAUUACAUCUUCAAUCAUGUAAUUAGAUUAAAAUACUCUCUCCAAAAAGUAUUAUUACUAUUAGUUUUUUACUUAUUACUAAUUACUUCUAAAUCCUUUUUAGUACAUGAUACAAGGAUAGGCUUGAAAUAGCUCGAAGAAAUAAUAUAUAAAAUACAUCAAUUAUUCUGGUCCCACUUUAGGGUCCAAUUCUCUCUAUUAACUAUUAACUACUUUUGCCUCAAUAUAUUCCAACUACUGCUUAUUAAUACUAAAGUUGUUGAUUUUAAGUGUUGGUAGAAAUAGAAGUACUUAUUGACUGUAAAUAAAAUUGUAAGGAGUAAAAAGUACUUUUUUUCUUAAAAAAUUGUAAUUAAGUAAAAGUAUUGAUUUUUAAUUGUACUCAAGUACUGUAAAGUGAAAAUCCCCAAAAACAAUACUUAAAGGAACAGUAUGUAAGAAAUGUAUAUCAAUUAAUUAAAAUGGCCCUGAUAUGUCACUAGACAUUAAGAAAUCAUUUUCAUUUCAAAUACUUAUAUCACUCACAACAGUGGUCUGGCCAGGAUAUUGUCAUUUAAAAAGUGGAGUUGCAGCCCUCAACUGAUGUUUAUGGUGUCAUGUUGUGUAUUGGCCACCAGUUGUGUGAUUGCAGUACCAGUUUUAGCGACAAGUUUUGUGAUUGCAAUACCAGUUUUGGCCACAUUCCUACAUACUGUUCCUUUAAGUACAGUAAUCAAGUAAAAUUACUCAAGUACUUUACACCUCUGGCCGUUCACCGUAUCCUCUCGGCAAGUACUUCUGAAAUUUGCCGCUGUCUCAGUGCAGCUGCUCUGCCCUUCAGUGUCUGAUCUUUAAACAUGAAAUAUUCCCUUUGGAUAUACACUAUAUUGUCCAAAGUUUUGGGACACCCCUCCAAAUCAUUGAAUUCAGGUGUUCCAGUCAGAUCUAGUGAAAGGAACUCUUAAUGCUUCAUCAUACCAAGACAUUUUGGACAAUUUCAUGCUCCAACUUUGUGGGAACAGUUUAGGGAUGGCUCCUUCCUGUACCAACAUGAGUGUGCACCAGUGCACAAAGCAAAGAGCGGGACGUGUCUGGCGGAAUUGGCACAAAUGGCCACCCUAUGUGUAGUAUAUUGAUCACAAUCAUCAGAGACCAAACAGUCAAAUGUAGUUUUAACAACCGGCAUCUCUACCUAUCUAAAACUACAAGACUUUUAGCCUCUUUAUGACAUAUAAUGCAUGUGUUUGUGUAUAAUCUCCAUUUUUUUGUGAUCCAGAAGAACAGACUAAAUGUUGAAUUGAAAUAAAAAAGGGAAAAUUG